AUGUUAUCAAAUAACCAUCUCGAACCCUCCCGUCAUAUCAAUCCAGUGGACAUCCUAAUCUUCGACGAAGGGAGUCAGAUAGAAGUCGGAAGUUACCUUCCACUUUUCGACCGUUUCAAGUUCACCCUCGCGAAGAUCGUCUUCAUUGGGGACAACAAGCAGUUGCCACCUUAUGGACAACGCGAGAUCUCGACACUACAUAGCAUCUUCGAAGUCAACCACCCGCAUAAAACAGCAGUAUUCUUAGAUACGCAAUAUCGCAUACCUCGCGUGCUCGGCGACUUCAUUUCACAGAGAGUCUACAACGGGAAAUUGAAAAUUUGUCACGCAAACUCAGUCAGUCUCCCGUGCCACUUCAUUGACGUUGAAAGAGGACAGGAAGAACCAUCAGGAAAGAGUUGGAUCAAUCCCUCAGAGGCGCAAGUUGUAGUGCAGAUCGCCGCUGCAUACCAAGCCAAGGCACUAAACUGUCGUAUCGUCACACCGUCUGAUGCCCAACGCUCCCUUAUUGAACGUGAGCUGCAGGCGGCGAACGUACGUCAUGAAGAUAAAGUAUUCAACAUAGAUUCAUUUCAAGGCAACCAGGCGGAACACAUCAUUAUCUCUCUGGUCAGGUCACAGACUUGGCUUCCUGAUUCAUGA